AUAUGGGGCAGUUCUACUCUGUCCUGUAGGGCCGCUAGGAGUCGGAAUCGACUCCAUGGCACUGGGUUUGGUUUUUGGUUUAUACCUAUGCAUUCAUAACUUUUACAUACUUUCUAAUAGUGGCAUAGUGGUUAAGAGCUAAGCUGCUAACCAAAAGGUCGACAGUUUGAAUCCACUAGCCACUCCUUGGAAACACUGUGGGGCAGUUUUCUGUCACAUGAGGUCGCUGUGAGUUGGAAUUGACUCUACAGCAAUGGGUUUGGUUUGGUUUCAGAUUUACCCAUAUAUACUCUUGUAAGAUGUACACAUGAAUUCACACAUUAUUCAUGUCUGUACAUACGAGGGAAAUCCUGGUGGCGUAGUGGUUAAGAGCUUUGGCUGCUAACCAAAAGGUCGGCAGUUCAAAUCCACCAGGCGCUCCUUGGAAACUAUGGAGCAGUUCUCUGUCCUAUAGCGUCGCUAUGAGCCAGAAUCAACUCGGCAGUGUUUUUGUUUUUGUUUUUUUUUAAUACAUAUGAGUAUACUGACUAUCCAGAUGUUAUAUACUGUCACAUACACUUAUUCAUGAUGUUUUCUGACAGAUUUUCACUCAUAUAUACACACAGUGUUCAUUUUCCUCCUCCUAUGCAUUUUUUUUUUUUUUUAUGCAUAUAGUCGGAAACCCUGGUUGCACAAUGGUUAAGAGCUUAACUGCUAAUCAAAAGGUCAGCAGUUCAGAUCCACCAGCUGCUCCUUGGAAACCCUAUGGGGCAGUUCUACUCAGUCCUUCGGGGUCACUAUGAAUUAGAAUCAACUCAAUGGCAAUGGGUUUGGUUUUUGUUCUUGGUCGUGCACAUAGUUAAGGAGCUCUGGUGGCGUGGUGGUUAAGUGCUUGGCUGCCAACUGAAAGGUUGGUGGUUCAAAUCCACCAGCCACUCCUUGAGAGAAAGAUGUGGCAGUCUGCUUCUGUAAAGAUUACCCACUGCCAUUGAGUAGAUUCCUACUUACAGCAACCCUAUAGGACAGAGUAGAACUGCUCUGUAGGUUUCCAAAGCUGUAAAUCUUACCAGAAGCAGACUGUAAAUAUUACAGCCUUGGAAACCCUAUAAGGCAGUCAACUCCACGGCGACAAAUUUGAGGACAAGUUAUGCAUAUAGUCACAUAUACACCAGUAGAUGCACACAUUCCUGCUCCCACACAACCCUGUCCACUUCUUGGCCCCUGCUCUAUAUGAUGACUUCAGCAGAUGCCUAAGCUCUGGUCAUCUGCCUCAGGACUGAGGAGGGAGUUCCGGGUGGAGGCUUGCUGUCCCCUCCCAGGAAGGAGUAGGGCCUGGGGAGGUGGAGCCCUUUUCUCUGGACUCCAGGGAAGUGAGAUUCUGGAGCAGCUGCCAGAGGUGAGGCUGGGGCCUUUGGCUUGAAGAAUUUGUUGGAGGAGGCCCUUCUAUCUUCAUACUCUCGGGGUUACUUUGGGAAACUCGCUAACACUGGAAGGUUUCAUAGAGGUUGGCAGUGGGGCAGGGACUUUGUAGGCUUCUUUAGGCCUGAUUGGGUAUGGGGAGGCUAGGAGUUGUCAUGGAAACAAGUGUGAGCCUGCAUCCACCUCUGGGAGGCAAGAGACCCCAGAGGGCACCUGUGGACUCCCUAAGAACUCUGGGUUUCUUGUUUGGCAGGCUCCACCCUUGCUGCCUCUCUGUCUAGGAGAAACUGAGGUCCAGCUGGGGGAGGCUGGGCACUGCCUGGCCUUGGCUGUUUGUUCUCUAAUUACCAUCUGAGUUGCUUAUGGUGUCCCUGAGGUUGUCUUUGCCCAGACUGCCCUGUAAUGAGGUUACCUGUCCCAGGGGACUAGGGACCUGUGCUGGGAGCUUGUAGGGAGGGCUUCUUCCUUGAGCCCUGGCCCCUAUGUGGGGGUAUGGGUUUGGGCUUGGGCCUUGACCUGGGCCUUUGCUGCUAAGGGGCCCUGCAUGGAACCACCCAGGCUUCCCAUCUUCCUCAUCAUCUCUGCUCAGUGGACUCAAUCCUCACCCCUGUCCAGAUAAAGUUUGCAGUGAUCUGAGGCCCAGGGAGAAUUGAGGUUCAUGCCAAUGCAUUAAAGGGGAGCUUUGGUCGGGGAUCAGGGCUUGUUAUUGGCUGCGCCGUUUGGCCUGGGACAAGGGCUCAGGAGAGGGCUUCAGACCCUGGUAUAGGGAGGGGGCUCAAGGUUAAUGUAGGGAGGGACUCUGAUACCAUGACCCUGCUCACAGGUUGCCCCGGAGGCCCUUGGCCAGGCCUGAGCCUCUGCUACCAUGGCUAUUGUGCAGACUCUGCCGGUGCCACUGGAGCCCACCCCUGAGGCCGCCACUGCCCCACAAACUCCAGCCAUGGGCAGCGUGAGCAGCCUCAUCUCAGGCCGUCCCUGCCCAGGGGGGCCAGCUCCUCCCCGCCACCACGGCCCCCCUGGUCCCACCUUCUUCCGCCAGCAAGAUGGUCUGCUACGGGGUGGCUAUGGGGCACAGGAGCCACUAUGCCCAGAUGUACCCCCCAGGAAGGCUGUCCCUGGCACGAGUUUCACCUAUAUCAAUGAGGACUUCCGGACAGAGUCACCCCCCAGCCCCAGCAGUGAUGUUGAGGAUGCGCGAGAGCAGCGGGCACACAAUGCCCACCUCCGUGGCCCCCCGCCAAAGCUCAUCCCUGUCUCUGGAAAGCUGGAGAAGAACAUGGAGAAAAUCCUGAUCCGCCCAACAGCCUUCAAGCCAGUGCUGCCCAAACCUCGAGGGGCACCAUCCCUACCUAGCUUCCUGGGUCCUCGGGCCUCUGGGCUGUCUGGGAGCCAAGGGAGCCUGACACAGCUGUUUGGGGGCCCUGCCUCCUCCUCCUCCUCUUCCUCUUCCUCGGCUGCCGACAAGCCCCUGGCACUGAGUGGCUGGGCCAGCGGCUGCCCGUCCGGAACACUGUCCGACUCUGGCCGAAACUCAUUGUCCAGCCUGCCCACCUACAGCACCGGGGGUGCUGAGGCGGCCACCAACUCUCCAGGUGGACACCUGCCCUCCCAUGGCCCUGGGCGGGGGCCACUGUCUGGGCCAGCCCGAGGGGCCCCUGCUGGGCCCUCCCAUUCAGACAGUGGUCGGUCCUCCUCCAGCAAGAGCACGGGCUCCUUGGGGGGCCGCAUGGCUGGGGGCCUCUUGGGCAGCGGUCCCCGGGCCUCCCCUGACAGUAGUUCCUGUGGGGAGCGCUCCCCACCACCCCCGCCCCCUCCACCGCCUUCUGAUGAGGCCCUGCUGCACUGUGUCCUGGAAGGAAAGCUCCGUGAUCGCGAUCGCGAGGCAGAGUUGCAGCAGCUGCGGGACAGUCUGGAUGAGAGCGAGGCGUAUGAGGAUCGGCAGCGGCACUGGCAGCGGGAGCGCGAGGCCCUGCGAGAGGACUCUGCGGCCCAGGCACAGCAGGCAGCACAGCGGGCCCAGCGGGCCCAGCAGCUGCUACAGCUGCAGGUGUUCCAGCUGCAGCAGGAGAAGCGGCAGUUGCAGGAUGACUUUGCGCAGCUGCUGCAGGAGCGCGAGCAGCUGGAACGGCGCUGUGCCACCUUCGAGCGGGAGCAGCGGGAGCUCGGGCCACGGCUGGAGGAGACCAAGUGGGAGGUGUGCCAGAAAUCAGGCGAGAUCUCUCUGCUGAAGCAGCAGCUGAAGGAGUCUCAGGCAGAGCUGGUACAGAAGGGCAGUGAGCUGGUGGCCCUGCGGGUCGCACUGCGAGAGACCCGUGCUGCACUGCGGGUCAGUGAGGGCCGGGCACGGGGCCUCCAGGAAGCAGCCCGGGCACGGGAGCUGGAGCUGGAAGCCUGUUCCCAGGAGCUACAGCGACAUCGCCAGGAAGCAGAGCGUCUGCGGGAGAAAGCUGGGCAGUUGGAUGCUGAGGUGGCCGGACUCCGGGACCCCCCCGUGCCACCUGCCACUGCUGACCCCUUCCUCCUGGCAGAGAGUGAUGAGGCCAAGGCACAGCGGGCAGCAGCUGGGGUAGGGGGCAGCCUGCGGGCCCAGGUGGAGCGGCUGCGGGCAGAGCUGCAGCAGGAGCGGCGGCGGGGCGAGGAGCAGCGGGACAACUUCGAGGGGGAGCGACAGGCCUGGCAGGCAGAGAAGGAGCAGGUGAUCCGCUACCAGAAGCAGCUGCAGCACAACUACAUCCAGAUGUACCGGCGCAACCGGCAGCUGGAACAGGAGCUGCAGCAGCUCAGCCUGGAGCUGGAGGCCCGGGAGCUCGCUGACCUGGGGCUGGCCGAGCCGGCCCCCUGCAUCUGCCUGGAGGAGAUCACCGCUACUGAAAUCUAGGGCCCUUGGCAUCCAACCCUGCAGGGAGCUCUGCUGAAGGGUGGCAGCAACCUCCUAUUCACUCAGGCCCCUAGGUCCGCUGAGGGCCCCAGAGCGACUUGCCCCGGGGAUCCAGGCCUCUGGGGUGCUGCCAGGAAGUUGGGGUAGCCCUGUGGCUUGGAGGAGCAAGAUCAGACCCCUUGAAGGUCCCUGCAUUUAUUGUCACCCAGAGGCUCCUU